AUGGAAAUUUUAGAAAAUAACAAGACACCGAAACAUUUUUAUCAUCACACUAUCUCGCCCAUCAUUCUCUUGUUUCGCUCUCUCUUUUUCUUACACACUCACACAUAUUAUCUCUCUCUCUCUCUCUCUCUCUCUCUCUGGUUUAUUUUUAUUGCUGGUAAUAUUUUUUAUCUAUCUAUCUAUCUAUCUAUCUAUCUAUCUAUCUCAGUAUAUAUUGGUUUGAUUUUUGUUUUACUACAUAUCAACAACAAUGGGUUAUUUAAUGCCUGCAAAAUUUUUAUUGUUGGUAAUAUUUUUUAUCUAUCUAUCUAUCUAUCUAUCUAUCUAUCUAUCUCAGUAUAUAUUGAUUUGCCGGUAAUAUUUUUUAUCUAUCUAUCUAUCUAUCUAUCUAUCUAUCUAUCUAUCUAUCUAUCUAUCUAUCUAUCUAUCUAUCUAUCUAUCUAUCUUUCCGAGUUUGUUCAUAUCUAUCUAUCUAUCUAUCUAUCUAUCUAUCUAUCUAUCUCAACUACCACGAUCUCCUGCAACGAUUCUAUCGAAAUUCUUUCCUUAAAAUACGGCCCUCUUGCAUUUUUUUCUCAGUGA